AUGCGUGAGAGGCUAGAUUGUGAUCCAAGACAACGAUCAAAGAUGCUACCUGUCAAAGUGGGAUUCGAGUUAGAGUAUGAGGCUGAUGAUGAUGAUGGUGAGGAAAGGGCUGAACGCUUCAAAGGGUUCGAGAAUAGCUCAGGCCAGCGAUGGUUGGACAGCUCAAAGACAGCACGGGCACAAGCAGAGCGUAGCGUAGAACGCAGCUCAACGCUCCCUUCCCCACCAGCCAAAAGGGGGAGGGCCAUAUUGCUCUCUGUGACAGGUGACAUCUCGCUGCUCGCCGUAAGUGCUGAAAGGCGCAUAGAGGGUGAUGAAGGGGGAAAGAUUGGCGCAGCAAGAGGCGUAACCAGCGUCACAGCAUGUCGCGCACUACUUGAUGUGACAUAUCAUCCGCCUGUGCCAUCCAAAAUAAAUUCUCCUCAGUUGUCACUCACUCAAAGUCCUAUUCUGCGCUUUUCCUGUAGCUUGUAG